AUGAUCUUGUGUGUUGUGGCAUGUCUGUUCUUGGGGAAUGUUUUUAUUACCUCUAAAUAUAAUGAUAAAGACAAUCGAAAUCAAGAACAAAAGGUUUGUCGAAACAUUUAUUUACUAAACUUGUAUCAACAGAACAAGAAACUCAAAGAACAGAUUUAA